CCAGGAGGCCACCGUCUACAUUUCCUAUCAGCACACACAAUCAAUUCUAAGAGUCCAUGUUGAUCUUGGAAACAGAAGGAUUUAAGAGAGUUAAGUUUCCACAGAGAACAAGAACCUUACCAUCUCUUUUAGCUCUGAAGGCUGACAGACCAUGGAUACCAUAGAGACAGCAAAACUUGAAGGUCAUUUGGAAAAUCAGACCAACGACUCUCCCAACACUUACACAGGCCCUGCUGACUCGGUAGAAGAAGGAAACAAAACUGGCAAUGGUAAACCCAAGAGCUUAUCCAAUGGGCUACGUAAGGGUGCCAAAAAGUACCCGGACUACAUCCAGAUUUCCAUGCCCACUGACUCCAGGAACAAGUUUCCCCUGGAGUGGUGGAAAACGGGCAUUGCCUUCAUAUAUGCUGUCUUCAACCUUGUCCUAACAACUGUCAUGAUCACAGUCGUGCACGAGAGGGUCCCUCCCAAGGAGCUCAGCCCUCCACUCCCAGACAAAUUUUUUGAUUACGUCGACCGGGUCAAAUGGGCAUUUUCUGUAUCAGAAAUAAAUGGGAUUGUAUUAGUUGGGUUAUGGAUCACCCAGUGGCUUUUUCUGAGGUACAAGUCCAUAGUGGGGCGCAGAUUCUUCUUUAUCAUCGGAACUUUAUACCUGUACCGCUGCAUAACUAUGUAUGUCACUACGUUACCUGUGCCAGGAAUGCACUUCCAGUGUGCUCCAAAGCUCAAUGGAGACUCUCAGGCGAAGAUACAGCGGAUUCUCCGGUUGAUUUCUGGCGGUGGGUUGUCCAUAACUGGGUCACACAUCCUGUGUGGAGACUUCCUCUUCAGCGGUCAUACAGUAGUGCUGACUCUCACUUACUUGUUCAUCAAAGAAUAUUCACCUCGUCACUUCUGGUGGUACCAUCUGGUCUGCUGGCUGCUGAGUGCCGCCGGGAUCAUAUGCAUCCUCGUGGCUCACGAACACUAUACCGUCGAUGUGAUCAUUGCUUACUAUAUCACCACACGGCUGUUUUGGUGGUACCAUUCCAUGGCCAACGAAAAGAACUUGAAGGUGUCUUCCCAGACAAAUUUCUUAUCUCGGGCUUGGUGGUUCCCCAUCUUCUUUUUUGAGAAAAACGUACAAGGCUCAAUUCCUUGCUGCUUCUCCUGGCCACUGUCCUGGCCCCCUGGCUGCUUUAAGUCAUCAUGCAAAAAGUAUUCCCGGGUCCAGAAGAUCGGGGAGGAUAAUGAGAAGUCUACGUGAGCUGCCAGCCUGGCAGCAGCCUUUCCACCAAAAGA